UUUAAAUAAAUACUGUUACAAAAUAGACUGUUACACAAAAUAAUUUUACAUUAUCGUAAUAAUUUCAUUAAACAUCAUGAUACUUUUAUGUUACGUAUCUCUUGCUCGGCAUACGUAAUUUAUAGUGACUGUAAACCGAUAUUGGGUGGAAUUCGAUAAAUCUCUCAAAUACGCCCAUCCGGAGAUGCAGACGCCCACAGUGUCGAUCUCACGGAUCAGUCUGUCAGGACCUGUCUUUUCGGUAAAAGUUCCGCGAGAAUCUAACAAGGUAUAACAGAAUAAUAUUUGGUUUACUAAGUUUCAAGUUGUUGGUAUGGCUAUUGCAUCGACGUGGUUGCUAUUAUUAUAUCUCAGCUUAUGCGCAGCAUGGAUGGAUGAGAGGCCUGUUCUGGAAUCUCGAGAUGGACACCUCGUAAUUUCCAGCGCAAAGGAUAGAAAUAUUACGCUGAAGAUAAUAGGGAGUGGUUACUUGAACGUCAACGAGAUCAAUCUGCUUCACAUAGCUUCAGCGGCGCAAAAUGCGACGCGAGUCAUUGAUAGAUGGCGAAUGGGAUAUUUGGCUGAGAUGGAAAAUUCUCUUAACCAACUGAUGACUAUAGUGACAGGCACCACAGGCUUACAGAAAAGAGUCUCUCUGCUCGAGAGAAAUAUCGACAUGAACGGUACGAUUCGUGCAGGAAACAGAUCACGUAUACUGGUAAGAAUGUGCAAUAUUGAAUCAACAGCUUCCAGAAGCAGCAUUCGUCGUAUCAAUGUCCGACUUAGAGCAUUAGAAGACUCAUUAAGAACUGUAGAAAGACUGUUACGAGAGAACGAGUGUCAGAGUAACCCAUGUCAGAAUGGUGGUUUUUGUGAAGAUCUUUAUGAUGCCUAUCAAUGUCACUGCCCAUCAAAUUGGGAGGGUCCAAACUGUAUGACGGACGUCAAUGAAUGUGCGAGGUUUCUCGGUACAGAUCUUGGAUGUCAACAUGGGGCAACUUGUCGUAAUUUGCCGGGAUCUUAUCAAUGCGACUGCUUGCCAGGAUGGUUUGGCCUUCAUUGUACGCAGAAAACAUCGAUUUGCAAUACACAGAAUUCCGAAGCGCUUUGUGGCGAACAUGGUGUAUGCGUCGCCAAAAGUGGUUCUCCAGGAUAUAAGUGCAUUUGCGAUCAAGGGUGGGAAAGCGAUGGCACAAGCCCAGCUUGCAUUAAGGAUGUAGACGAAUGUGCAGCACCCCAUCCACCCUGCUCUGUAAAUCCGCCAGUGCCAUGUCUCAAUACUCGUGGCUCAUUCGCUUGCGGUGCCUGUCCGCACGGUUAUAGCGGAAAUGGCUAUUAUUGCGUAGACAUUGAUGAGUGCCUUAUUAACAACGGCGGCUGCAGCACAUCGCCUUAUGUACAAUGUAUAAAUACAAUGGGUUCUAGAACAUGUGGUGCUUGCCCGCCAGGGUACCGUGGCGACGGUGUGAGUUGUAUUUUUGUCGGCGGUUGUGCCAUCAACAACGGCGGAUGCCAUCCAUUAGCUACCUGUACCGAGAAUCCGUCGCUUACAAGUUCUUACGUGUUAUGCCGUUGCCCACCGGAUUAUGUUGGUAAUGGAAUGGGACCAAACGGCUGCCAAUUAGCUGAUGUAUCACUUAAUACGGCGUGUUCUAGCAACCCCUGCGUUCAUGGCACAUGCGUGCCAAACGGUGCACAUAGCUUCACUUGCACGUGCAAUUCGGGAUACUCGGGAUCUACAUGCAACACACCGACCGAUCCGUGCUCGCCAAAUCCUUGUCGAAAUAGUGGCAUUUGCACUGUUUUAAAUGGACAAGCGACAUGUCAAUGUACAACUAGCUUUACUGGAAGCAGGUGCGAAAUGCCACGGCAAACAUGCGGCGGUGUAUUACGGAAUCCUAUGGGAACACUUCAGUUCCCCAUAGGCGGUAGCAGUUACCAACAUGGAUUGAGUUGCGCCUGGGUGUUACUUACGGAACCCUCUAAGGUUCUGAACGUUACUUUUACGGCUUUUAAUCUCGAGCAAUCCAUAGAUUGCAAGUUUGAUUUUCUACAGAUCCAUGAUGGUAGAAAUGCUGGUAGUCAAAUGAUCAAUAGAUUCUGUGGUCAUACAUUACCUAAUGGAAACGGAACAAUUAUUUCGUCUCAUAAUACUCUGUACUUGUGGUUCCAUUCGGACAACAGUAUAUCUCACGAUGGAUUCACUUUUCAUUGGAGUAGCAUUGAUCCAACUUGCGGAGGUAUUUUAGAAGAUAAUUAUGGUACAAUCAUGUCUCCAGGUUCGCCUGGGAGAUAUCCUCCAAACAGAGACUGUUUCUGGAGAAUCGUUGUCCCUGCCUCUAAAAGGAUCCAAUUCCAUUUUGGUCAGUUGAUGCUCGAGCAAAAUUGCCAAAAAGAUUAUUUGGAAAUUACCGGUGCAGAGGAAGAACGUUUAGGACUUUUCUGCAAUCACACUCGUCCACCGCCUUUGACUACACCGAGUUUUGAAGCGGUUGUUCACUUUCAUUCUGAUAGUUCUAAUCAAGAUAUUGGCUUUCAAAUCCAUUACUCCACGAUUGAAGGUGUACCUGGUUGUUCUGGAAUUUAUACCAGUGCCACUGGAAUGAUCAAUUCACCAGGUCACUCGUCGUCGUAUCAAGCAAACAUGGAAUGCGGAUGGAAAAUACAAUUGCCGGUAGGCGAACGAAUCCGAGCAUCAUGGCUGAAAUUUGAUCUCGAGACUUCCGUCAACUGUCAAUUUGAUUUUGUUGAGAUCUACGAUGGACCCGAUACGCUGUCUCCACUACUUGGCAGAUACUGCGGCUCGGACAUGCCGCCAGCGAUCAAGUCAAGUUCAAAUUAUUUAUUUGUAUUUUUCAAAUCCGACUGGUCGUUCGAAGCGGAAGGUUUCACGUUGUCGUAUGAAACGUUAUGCGGCGGUGAAUUCCAUGAGGAUAGUGGAAUUAUCAAGUCACCUUUCUACCCGGAUCCAUAUCACCACUCGAGAACAUGUAUCUACGAGAUAAUACAACCAGUUGGUAAAGGGAUUGUAUUAACUAUAGAGGACUUGGAUAUCGAAGGAAGAGAUGAGAACUGCUACUACUACGAUUAUGUCGAGAUUUUCGACGGUGAUAAUGAAAAUGCGACGAAACUGGCAACAUUAUGCGGCGAUGAAAUGAAUAUGCCCAACAUUCCCUACUAUUCCACGCAUAAUUUCAUGUACAUAAAGUUUACCACCGACAGUAGCAUCAACGGCCGAGGUUUCAAAGCGAACUACACUACUAUCGAUCGUAGAUGUGGCGGAUUAUUAAAGGAAUCAAAUGGUGUAAUUCAGCCUCCCCUUCAAAAUGGAAUGUAUGUUGAUAAUGAGGAAUGUAUCUGGACUAUUCAAGCGCCACCAGGAUAUGUAAUACAGCUCACCUGGAUGUCAUUUAAUUUAGAAUAUCAUAGUCAUUGUGCCAAUGAUUACGUCAAUAUUUAUGAAAAUUACACCUCGCCUAACGAAAACAUAAUAGCCACAUACUGCGGUACUACUAAACCACCUGAUUUAACAACACAGGAUCGUAUGCUUACCAUACUUUUCCACACUGAUUCAAGUAUUACAACGGAUGGAUUUGUUGCCACAUAUAUUUUCAUGGACAUGUCGAAAGUCUGCGGUGGUCAUUAUUCGAAGCCAAACGGCGUUAUUAGAUCACCAAAUUAUCCUAAUUUUUAUCCAAACAAAAAGGAUUGCGUCUGGAUUAUCGAAGCACAAAAUAGACAUAGAAUCAUACUCAUGGUCGAUCACUUUGAAUUGGAAAGCCAUACAUCUUGCGUAUUCGAUUACUUAGAAAUUAGAAAUGGUGGAUAUGACUCUGCGCCGUUAAUCGGUAAAUUCUGUGGCACAGAUAUACCUACCGAAAUACCGAGUCAAGCCAAUCAAAUGUAUAUUAGAUUCGUUUCGGAUUUCUCGAGGACAAUGCAAGGUUUCGAAAUACGAUGGGAUAGUACGACGCAAGGUUGUGGUAGUACACUGACUGGAGUAACUGGAGAUAUUAUAUCUCCAAACUAUCCAGAACCUUAUUCAGCAAAUGCGGAUUGCUAUUGGAAGAUCGCUGUGGCAGCGGGUAGUUUAGUGCAACUCGUAAUAGUGGAUCUCGAUCUUGAGCAGCACGAUAGUUGUCGAUAUGAUUUUAUCGAAAUAUAUGAAGGGAUCACUCGUCGCACAAAUGCAAAGCGUUAUUGCGGCGGCACGUAUCCGCCGAUUAUUCAAUCCAAAUCCAAUCAAAUGACCGUUCGGUUCCGCAGCGACUUCAGUAAUUCCGGUCGCGGUUUCCAUCUGAAAUACGAAACGCGAUGUUAUAAUAAAUUACACGGCUAUUACGGUAUAAUAGAGUCACCGAAUUUUCCCAAUAAAUAUGAAGACUCGACGAACUGUAGUUGGACUAUCGAAGCUCCGAUUGGUAACACAAUUAAUUUAACUUUCUCGCACUUUGAUCUUGAAAGAGGUAUAGAUCAGACACCGCGGUGCACAUAUGAUUAUCUCCGAAUCAUGGAAGGUGACAAUGAUACUCCCAACAAUGUACUGGGUCAAUUUUGUGGAACUAUCGAUCUCCCUAUGAAAAUUAAUUCACUACAACAUCAAGUAUUUAUAACGUUUGUUACGGAUUCCUUUAUUGCCUUCAAUGGUUUUCGGCUCGAAUGGACGGUGCAUGGAUGUGGCGGACAUUUGACUAAACCGUACGAUAGUUUUACAUCGCCUGGAUAUCCAUCGGCUUAUCCAAUGAAUGUUGACUGUGAAUGGCUAAUCGAAGUCGGUUAUACGCAAAGCGUUGAACUUACAUUUUACGACGUUAACACUGAGAAACGCAAAGGCUGUUCCUCUGAUAACAUUCAAAUCUUUGAGGGCGAGGAUGCAGAUGCUCCUAGAUUGAUCAAGCUUUGUUACGCGGAGAAGCCAGUGACGUACACUAGUCCUGGAAACAAAAUGUUUAUCAAAUUUCACUCAGACUCAUUGUACGCCAGUCGAGGAUUCAAUGCCAGCUAUAGAAGCGUUCCUAUUCAAUGUGGUGGCAAAUUUACAACAAUUUCCGGCAUUAUUCACUCAGCUAAUUAUCCACAAAAUUACCCCCAUCUUCAAAAUUGCGAAUGGUUGCUAGAAGUCGAUAGCAAUCAUCUCGUGAAUCUCACAUUCUUGGAUUUUGAUAUUGAGAACAGUAGAAAUUGCACAGAUGAUUACGUUAAGAUCUUUGAUGGUCCAACAAAAGAUGAUUCGUUAUUAGGAACAUAUUGCCAUAAUCAGCUACCACCGACCUACAUUUCAAGUAGUAAUCAAAUGCUAGUAGUUAUGCGAAGUGAUAGCAUAAUUUCAGCUAAAGGUUUCAAAGCUCAAUAUACUCGAGCCUGCGGUGCUCGUAUAAUUGUCAAGGAUUAUGGUUUCCUCACACCUGCAACUGGCCGUGCCGAUAUGCAUGAUGACACUAAUUGUACAUGGACAUUGAUAGCUGAAAAUCCAGCCGACCAUGUAACUAUUACUUUUACACAUAUGGAUAUUGAUGUACAUGAUUCAGGGGAAUUACCCCCAUCGCCAUAUCCUUGUUUUUUGGUCUCCCUCCGGGUAUUCGAAGGUGAGAGCACAGAUGGACCACUUUUAGGAAAAUGGUGCAAUUAUGUUGCACCACCGCCGAUCACGAGCACCGGAAGCGCGCUCACGUUACAAUUAACCGUGAAAAACGAGUUUAUAGGCCACUUCGUCGCUAUGUACUCGGUCCUGAAUACAGCUUGCGGCGGAAACUACACAUCUGAACAAGGAAUAAUUACCUCGCCUAGUUAUCCAAACAGUUAUCCCCUAAACGCAGAAUGCGUUUGGAUUCUGAAUACUUCCCCUGGUAAUAAGAUCACUCUCGUGUUUUCUGAGUUUGAUAUCGAGUCGAGCGAAAACUGCGAUUUGGAUUAUCUCGAAAUACGGGAGAAUAGUGGAAUUGGAAAGCUCAUUAGCGUUUCUUGCGGGAAAGAUGCCGCGGAAGUUACAUCCUCCAAUAAAUUGUGGAUCAAGUUUAAGAGUGAUGGUUUAGGCACUGCCAAAGGUUUCAAAGCUGAAUAUAAUUUUAUUGGAGGAAACGAACUUGAAGGAUCUACAGGACGCAUUACUUCGCCAUUGUAUCCAAUGGCGUACAGGCGAUCUGCUGUGUUCUCGUGGCGUAUCACUGUUGAAAUGGAUUCAAUUAUACGUAUUAAAUUUACAGAUUUACAGAUAGAAAACGAACGCCAAUAUUGUCUUUAUAACAUUAAAAUAUAUGAUGGAUAUGAUAACGAAGCACCAAAACUACUAGAAGUAUGUGGCUACACUUUGCCAGAUCCUAUAGACUCAUCUAGCAAUGUGGUUUACAUCACAAUGUCAACAGGGCUUGCCAGACAGGGAAAUUGGUUUGAUCUCACAUGGCUUCAAAUACCAAGAAAUCCUACCGAAUCAAAUAACAAAGAAAUCAAAUUGUCAGAGUGCAACAAGGAAAUAGCUUUAAUAGAUAACCACAACAAUAGCUAUUCCUUUAGUUCUCCUGGUUGGCCAACCGGUUAUGCUGCUCAUUUACAUUGCAAUUGGGUUUUUACAUCGCCACCUGGAACACAUUUGGUAUUGAGAAUAAUAACUAUGGAUUUAGAAGAAACUAAUGAAUGUGUAGCGGAUUCGGUUUCCAUUUAUACUGGAGACGCAUCGACAUCUGUGGCUGAUGCUCAAUUGAUAAAUAAAUUAUGCCUGGCGAACUCUAGUAUGUCUUUAGUCAAAGGAACUAAUGUGAUGACGGUGAAAUUUGACACGGACUCGUUCGAAAAUAAAACCGGCUUCAACGCAUAUGUAUAUAGAGAUUGUGGAGGUCGAUUAACCGAACCUAAUGGUGUAAUUGAAUACGACAAUUCUUCUUUUGUAAGAGCGUUGCGCACAUGGCAUUUCACAUGUGAGUGGACCGUAGUAGUGAAACCUGGCAGAACAAUCAAAAUUCAGAUUACCGAUAUGUCCGUGCAAGAAAUGUCCGAUCAUACUUGCGCUGAUAAUUACUUGCUAUUAAAAAAUGGAGAUGAAACGGGUUCGCCUCUAUUAGGCGCCGGGAAGUAUUGUGGUGAAGUGACGCCAGCAGAACUAGAAACCACAGGAAAUCGUUUUUAUAUUAAAGCUGCUGGAAGUGGUCAUAAUUUUCGUUUUAGGCUCAAUUACAGAGAAGUAAGCAUGAGCUGUGGCGGCGAAUUUAUCUUAACAAACAAGCAGAAGAAAUGGGAGAUAACAUCACCUAAUUAUCCAAACAUCCCACCAACUUAUGCUGAAUGCAUUUGGAAAGCUACUGCUCCAGCUGGUGAAAAGCUUACUAUCCAUUUCUUGGAUAGAUUUGAUUUGACCUCUUCCGAAGAUUGCGAGAGAGAAUAUGUUGAAAUAAGAGACGGUGGAACUGAUAGCUCAAAACUUAUGGGAAAAUUUUGUAAAGAUGUAGCACCCAGUAGUAUGAAUACUGUUGGCAAUAUGAUAUAUAUCCAUUUCUAUACGGAUGUGCCAGAACCUAAGAAUGGUUUUAAAGCUGUAAUUACUUCAGGAGAAAUUUGUGGUGGAAUUUUGCGUACUACCAGUGGCGUCAUUGAAUCGCCGAAUUAUCCGCAUUCAUAUCCUACAAAUCAGAAUUGCUCGUGGUUGAUAAUAGCGCCGUCUGAUCACACUUUGAAAUUACAAUUUCGUGAUAUACAACUUCCUGGUUUUCGUGAAUGCUCUUCGACUGAUCACGUUAAAAUUGGAGAAAAACUUAUAGAAAAUGACAAUAAUUCAACAAUUUCGAUAAUUGGUACUUAUUGCGGUCUUCAUAAACCGGAUAUAAUCGAGACAGCGACAAACGAAGCGUAUGUGUACUUUCAGAGUGACAACAGAGAAUACAUAAAUUAUAAAGGCUUUAGUCUAAAUUUCACCGCUAGUCAAGAAACGUGCGGAGGUGCAUUAACCGCAUUAAGUGGAAUAAUAAAAUCACCCGGCUAUCCCAAUCCACGUAAAAGAGCAAGAUAUUGCGACUGGCGAAUUAAGUUACCGAUAGGUUUGCAUGUUGUGGUGGAUAUUUUGGACAUAGACGUUGUUAACGAACCCGGACCUAUACACGUAGGAUAUGCACUUUCGUUCUAUAAUGAUUUCCGCUUUAAAUCGAAAAUCAAAGUCUUAGGACAAGGCGCUAGUACAGAAGAGAUAAAGAGUUCUAGUAAUACUAUGAUUAUUGGAUAUUGGUCAUCUGCUGGACAUCGAGGUUUCAAACUUCGAUACACGGCUAUGGCUCCUGCUCCUUGUGGUGGAAGUUUGAGAGAAGUUGCAGGCAAUAUAACAGGUCCUACAACUCUGCCUUUUAAUCAAUCUUCGUAUGUUUGCAAUUGGAGAUUGGAACCACCUGAAAAUAUGAUAGGUUCCACGAAUAAUUUAACAUUGACAAUAAAAGUCACUGGAUUUUUGGGUGGACCUAACUAUCGUACGCUACCUAGUCUUCUUAGAAGAAAUUGCAUUUAUCCUCAAUAUAUUGAAGUGCAGGAUAUUGGAAUGUUAUGUGGAAAUAUGACAGAACCGAAGUAUUUAAGAAGUCCAAAACUAAUCAAUGAAUUGAUGAUAAUGAAUGGUACUUAUGGAAAACGGAUGGAUUUUAAUAUACAAUAUCAAUGGCAAAAUUGUGGUGGUAUUUUGCGAGGUCCAGGUCCUGACACUAUUAGAUCACCAAUUUCCUCCAAUACUACUUCUUAUCCAAUAAACUGCGUUUGGCAUAUAGAUUAUCCUGAAGGCGGAACGAUUAAGCUUUCUUUUACUAAACUUGAACUUGAAAGUAACUGUGACAAGAAUUAUCUAAUUAUCAAGAAUGGUGGACCAACAGCACCUCAGAUGGCGAAGCACUGCCUUCAUACAAAUCAACUUGAAAGAUAUAACAUUAACAGUAUAUCGAAUCAACUAUGGAUAGAAUAUUUUGCGUCCGAGGGUUCAGGCAGUUUUGAAUUUAACGUGAUGAUUGCUGCAGAGGGCUGUGGUGGGUCCUUACACGGUCGCAGCCGCGAAAUCGCAUCUCCAGGAUUCCCCAAACAAUAUCCCAAUAACGGUGAGUGUACAUGGGAGAUAAUAGGUGACAGUGGCUAUCAUAUAGACUUAACUUUUAUUGACCGGUUCAACUUGGAAACUAGUUCUAACUGUGAGAAAGACUAUGUACAGGUAUUUGAUUGGAUCAAAGAAGAACAAAAUUAUGAUAAUGGCGAAUGGAAGAGUCUUGGAAAAGUUUGUGGCAGAAACACACCCACGCCCUUCAAUUCAACGUCGAACCGCAUGAAAGUGAUUUUCCAUUCGAAUGAGGCAGUACAGUCGGACGGUUUCCAUGCCAUCUGGAGCGAAAAUUGCGGCGGUGUUUUUCAAGCGACUGAAAAAGUCAACAUUAUUCAAUCGCCGUCAUAUCCAAACUUCUAUCCACCUAGCAUUAUUUGUAACUACACUCUCGUCGCUCCAAACGAUGACAUUGUCGUUGAAUUCACUGACUUCCAGCUCGAGCGCGGUCGUGGAGAUUGUCGUUUUGACAAUGUUACUGUUAUAUCGGAAAAUAUGUUUAUGGCGGACGAGAUGGAAAGUUAUUGCGGCAACAAUAAACCACCACUUUUGAGAUCCAUGUCACGAAUAGAGAUUAUCUUCAUAACGGACAAAUAUGUGCAGAGAAGCGGUUUCCAGUUUAAAUAUUUCCUCAAUAGGUGCGGUGGUAUAAUUACACAGCCUACUGAACUUAAACCUUUGAUGCACGGAGAAGAAUAUUUUGGACGUAUGAAUUGCACUUGGGUCAUUAAAGCGCCUGAAGAGAAAAGUAUACUUGUGCGCUUUGAGAAGUUUAUUCUAGAAUUCAGCACUAAUUGUUACUUCGACAACGUCGCCAUUUAUGAGGGCAAUUUUGUCAAAGAUGAUAAACGAAUUGCCCUUGUUUGCGGAAACUUAACUGGCCAUUUACCAACAUUUAAAUCCGAAUCCAAUUCUAUGGUUGUAAAUUUUAAUGCUGAUAGUUCAAGACACUUUGAAGGUUUUACAGCCAAAGUAUUAUUCACGACAAAUCCAGCUGGUGGUUGUGGAGGAGUAGUCAAUUUAACUUCAAUUCAAUCUAAAUCAUUCAGAACUCAACAGGCGGCAACUUAUAAACCAUUUGAAGAAUGCCAUUGGACUGUAGUGACAUUGCCAGGCAAAAAUAUAGUGUUUACAAUUAAUAGUGUUGAUAUCAAGAAUUCAAUUAAUAAUACUCAACCUGAUAAAUGUAAUGGAGAUUAUCUUGAGGUUCGAGAUGGUGGUGGACCUUACGCUGAACUUAUUGAUAAAAUUUGUGGAAAUUUAGUGCCAUCUCCUCAAGUAUCUACCUCUAACAAAUUAUGGAUUAGAUUUUAUUCUGAUGGAACUGCUGAAGGUGCCGGUGUGACAGCCACAUUUGACACUAUUAAUUCAAUGUGUGACUUAGAUACUCGAUUAGUGAAUGAGACAAUUCAUGUACUCACUUCACCGGGUUAUCCAAAUACUCAUUUAGCUGGAACACUAUGUCGUUGGACCUUGGAAUUUCCCGAUAAAUAUAGUGAUAAAAUGCGAAUUCGAUUUAUAGACUUUGAUUUAUUGGAUUCUGACAAAUGUGAAAACGAAUAUUUAGAAAUUACUGAACAAAAUACGUACGUAAGUGAAGGCUUCGGAACAAAUUUCAUUUACAGUGGCGUAAGAAACCACCCAAUCACUGUUGAGAUGGGUAGCCGUCUACCUUACGCCUCAUACAGAUAUUGUGGUAGUGAAUUACCACAUGAAUAUUACAGUUACAGUCACAGAGUCAAAGUGACAUUUAAAUCGUUAUCAAAUGACCAUAGAGGUUUUAAGCUGGAAUAUAGUACAGCGAAUUGCGAUCGAAAUUACACGAACGAACAAGGACGAAUUCAACACAACGGAUUUACAAGUUGCUGGAUUUCGAUCACCGUUCCAGCAAACCGUACCAUUUCUUUGUACUUCAAUCACUUUAGUAUUUAUGACGCAGAGCAGUGCACGCACAAUGCGCUUCAAGUACACGACGGUGACUCAAGCGGACCGCUUAUAACGACGCUGUGCAGCACGGCGAUACCAAGCCCGAUUUUCAGUACCGGCAACAAACUCACUUUGCACUCCUGGACCGAAAGCGCCAAUCCUUAUCAAAGUUACGACAUCAUUUACACGACUACGGAUGCAGGUCGAGGUUGCGGCGGCCGUAUAUUUAAUUUCGGUGGCAGAUUCACUUCGCCGUUGUAUCCGAAUACAUAUCGCAAUAAUACUGUGUGUACUUGGGAUGUGAGCGUACCACGAGGCUUCAAGAUCAUUCUCCAGUUCCUCGUCUUCGAUAUCGGCACGAGAAAGAACUGCGAUAAUAAUAAUGUCAAAAUUUAUGACAUUGUUCCCAGCGGAGAGCUCUUACGUAGCACUUACUGCGGUGGGGAUGAUCCAGCGAGACUCGAGGCUGAUACUAAUCGAGUUCUUGUAAAAUAUACUUCGACAGUGAACAACAUUGGAUCAGGAUGGGUUAUUGUAUUCAUGGCACAAUCGACUGGUAAGCAUAAAUAUAUUCUUUUGCACAAUGGGAUAUCUAAGUAUUUUUAUAAACCACAAGAUUUGCGCAGAUGUAAAGUGAAAGGUAAUAAUUGCAAAAUAAUUUUUUCAGUGCAUCCUAUCGAUGUAAUGGAAAAUUGGUAAAGGAGAUGUUAAGACUGUGAAGAGAAACGUUUUUAAACAUAAAAUUUACGAACAGACAUCUUAAAAUUUAUAUGUAUAAUUUACUAUAGAUAGAUAGAUAAAAAAUAAAUGUGUCUAAUAGAAAACGUAUCGAAACCUUCACAAAAAAAUAGCUACUGUAACUAAAAACUGUUUAUGCUAGCAAAAUAUUACUAUUCUGAUGCCGUACACUCUUCCUCAC